GUGAAGCCGAUUCAAUCCUCAACGUUGCGCGCACCUUAUACCGCUCACAGCCAAUAUGGUUGAAGAAUACUCGCUAUGGCACUUCCCGUCCUCUACGAUCCCUUUUCGAGCGAUGUUAUCAACGUUAUCCCUCCGCUCGGAGCGAGCGCGGAAGGCGUCUGGGAUGGCUUCCAGUUCAAUAGCAAACUCGAGAGUGGACUCCUUCGGCUGACUGAGACAAAUUCAGAAGUACCAGACCUCAAGACCGACAUUCUGCGGUUGCAAUUGGAAGAUGUGCCAUUACCGGAUCUAUCACCGCCAAUUUCCCAGAUUACCUCCGAAGACGAAGCCGAUGCAGUUCGCGAGCAAGAGACAGACAGUACUGAGGACAAUGUCGCACAUCUGUGGGCACUGCCAGAUGUGACAAGAAGAAAAAAAAUCACGGAGCUUCUAUCAUGGGACACAUUCUUGGACAGACAUCAUUCAGAACCGGUGUCUGGCUAUCUGAGCGAAGCAGGCCCACGUACUUUCAGUUCCGUCCUUAGUACCAGCCAUUCGGCCACAUCCCUGAGAGCGUUGAAGCCAGAUGUAUUGCUCAAUGCUUUUUAUCAGCUGGGCAUGGGGAGAAGCUCUGCCGUCUUCGUCUGGGAUGUAAAGAAGCGCAGGUUCAGAAAGGAAGUGGGUAAUCUUGUGGCAUUUGGGUACAGCUCUCAGCUGCUGGAAGACAUUUUCGAGACAGUUUCUCGUGUCGGUGUCUCCACGAAGAUCAUAUCUGAGACAUGUACCUCUUUCACAGGCCGUGGCUCUCCCUGUCGAAUCGCAUUUCUGGCUUCAAUCCGAGCUGCUUUGCAUACCGUUCACGAACACCUGGAGAUUACAAGAUCUGAAAUCACGACUAUGGUACGACUCAAAUCUAUCAUGACGAAAGUUGAAAUCUUGGUUACAGUGCUGAAACAAUGUAUCGAUCUCAUUCAAACCUAUAAGACCGACGAUGGUCUCUUGACCGCUUUAAUGACGCAUUGGACGACUGUGUCCUCCUACGACUCUGCCGUGGUGGGAGUGCUACGCUCAAUAUUAUCCAGAUCGUUUCAGCCAACACUGGCAAGACUUAGUGCCGAAGUCGGAAUUAGCUCUCCUGGGCUGACCGACGACGAUUUAUCCCUCGAGCGGAUCUCAGAGAGCGAUCAUAUGUGGACAUCAGUCUUACCGACAGCGAUGGCAGGGGUGAUUCUUGAGACACAAGAGAGUCUACGACUUUUGAGAUUGUAUAAUCCACUUUGUCCAGCGUUGUCCACUUCAGAAUACGGAAACUCGAAGCUCUCUACUCUUGAAGUCGUCUACACAUUCAAUGGCCUCUCUAUCCUACACAACCGUGCCUCUACAUAUGAAGAAGUGCGGAAAUUGUCAAUCACUUCGGCUGGUUCUUCCAUAUCCACGAGCUUGCUAGUGACUCCAGCGACAGAAAGUUUCGAGCUGGGUGAGCUCUCCAUCGAAAAGUCUAAACCUGGAGAUCCUUUCCAGUUUGAUAACAACCUCUUCGUCGAGAGUGUUGACGCGAUAAGAGGUAUUAAUCACGAUGAUCUGCACAGUUCCGUCUUGUCAUAUUUGAGGGAGUCUGACCAUGACGAUAAUCCUCUCCAAAUUGACAUCGAGCAAGCUCUGCCUCUUUCCGUCAGCCCUCUUCUAUCAGCGCAACAUCGGGUGCUGUCUUAUGCCGUACUUGAGUUACUCUUUCAGCAGUACGAUCUUAUCGGACAUAUAAACCUUCAAUGUCAAUUUCAUUUUAUGGGCAACUCAUCAUUCAGUUCACGACUAGGCACGGCACUCUUCGACCCUGAACAGAACACUGGCGAAACUCGGAGAAGGACGGGGACGGCUACUGGACUACGACUGCAGGCUCGAGAUACAUGGCCCCCUGCGAGCUCCGAGUUGAGAUUGGUGCUUAUGAGCAUUUUAUCAGACAGUCUGUCCACGACUCCGGGGCACAAUCUUGAGGAUUCGAUCUCAUUCGCUAUCCGAGACAUGCCCGUCGAAGAGCUUGAGAGAUGUCGAGACGCGAAUUCAAUCUAUGCGCUUGACUUUCUCAGGCUACAGUACAAGCCGCACAAUGAUGUUUUGGGAACAGUGCUUACGACACAAAUUCUAGACAAAUACGACCGUGUAUUUCAACUGCUCUUGCGUGUGUUAAGACUACACAAAUUAACAGAAACCAUGCUUCGAGAUGGCGACUGUAUUUCCGGUGGUGACCGUAAACUAGUUUUUGAAAUGCAUCAUUUGGUCACAACGCUGGCGGAUCAUUACCACGGCACUGUGAUUCGGGUAAAUUGGCGGAAAUUUGAGACCGUUUUGCGGGAAGUCAGGGCUCAUAUCGAUAAAAAGGACUAUGAAACGACCUUGAGGGCCGUCAAAAGUCAAGAUUAUUUGCGUGCUCUACACGAACGGACCCUCGACAAUAUCUUGUACGGAUUGUUUUUGAGGAGGAAACAAUCAAAGAUACAGGAGCGGCUUGAACAUCUCUUUUCGACCAUUCUGGCAUUCGCUGCCCAUGGACGUAAAGAGCAGACCGUACGGGAGAGGACCACAACAGAUUCCCCUGACAAGGUAUUCCGAGCACAAUUCACACAAGGCGUCAGGUGCCUCAUGACCACCCUGCGUGCUUCGGAUCAGAAAGAGAUUUCUGCGUCAUACGGUCACGGUUCUGGUUUGGAUGAUGAUGACGAUGACGACGAUGAUGGGGACGAAAAUAUAAAUUUAUCAGAACGCCUCCUUCUGAGGCUGGACAUGUUUGGGUAUUGGGAUGGAAUGGGACGAACGAAGGGGAUGUCGCAUCUUGACUUUGUCAUAAGGUCCUAGGAGAUGACAUGUGUGUAUAAGAUACACUGCAGAAAUAGUAAUGAGUCGACGAAUGAGUUGAGCACUUU